AUGUCCUCUCGGGACGAAAAGGGUAAAGACUGGGGAACGGGGGAUCGGCAUUUCCCCGCACUCAACGGAAAGAAUUUCCCCUCAACACACAACGGCAAUGUCUGCAAGGAGAAGACGUUUGGUGGCAGGCUGCCAACGAUGUCGUGGGGCAUCAAGAACCACCCAAGUCAUUUACUUACUAGGACAGGUGAUCUUGAUGAUCUGGGCUGCGGGAAUUGUCAACAGGCUGGGGUCGAUUGUGACCGAAGCAACAUCCGAUUUCGCAAUGGCUUGUCUCUCCCCGAAGAGCCCGAACUUGCAUUUCCUGACCAAGCCUCCUGGCCCCAACUGCAUGGCAGAGUGCGUUUCCACAAUGAAACAGCCGAGAUCGCAAGUCUUUAUUCAACGGAGGACCAGCCCACGUUCCUCGAGAGUAUAGUAUUCGAAGCACCUGAAGUUAUAGGGGACUCACUAUACACAAACGCAUCCAGUGCACUCAAUCCAUUGACAACCGCUGUAGCGAGUCAUUCGUCAUCUGUUUCGUCGUGGUCUUCUCCGUCAACCCAAUUAAGAGCUUCCUCCAAGGUUCGGCAUCCGCUAUCUGAAAGGGAAGCUAUUUUGAUGAGGAACUUCGUCGAGAACAUGGCCUUGUGGGCUGAUAUUACAGACCCGCAGAGACAUUUUGAAACAGAGGUCUCAGUCCGGGCAUUUAAGGAACCGGUCUUGCGCUAUGCCAUCUUCGCAUUUUCUUCUCGUCAUUUGAAUAGAAAAGAUAACAGCGAUGCGACAGAGGCACUUCAGCAUCACAAUUGCUGUGUUCAAUUACUAAUUCCAGCCCUUUCUGGGCCUCGUGAUAAUAUCACAGAGGAUAUCCUUGCUGCAGUGGCUAUCCUCCGCCAGCAUGAGGAAAUGGACGGGGAGGAUAACCAGUUCCAUCUCACUGGCACAACUCAUAUCCUCAACACGGUAUCCACGUUUGGAUCAUCGGGUGGUCUAGGCGAAGCUGCGGCCUGGCUUUGUUUGCGACAGGAUAUAUACAUCUCGCUGACCAGCCAACAGCCCCUGCGGACUGACCUGCAUAGCUUUCACCACUCGGAUGUAUUUCAGAGAAAUGACGACUUUGCAUGGUCCAGCCGGAUGGUUUUCCUGCUGGCAAAAGUUGUUCAGAGCGCCUUCACCGACCCCACCAUGGCCCACGGCGUCCAGCACGAGAUAGAAGAGUGGUACUCCAACAAACCCGACACUUUUAAUCCCGUUCGAUCGGCCCCGCGAGGUCCGGAACCAGACCGGCGAUUCCCGACGAUCUGGCUGCUGCUACCCGUGCACGUCAUCGGCAUCCAAUACUAUCACAUCGCCAAGAUCCUCUUGGCGCUUUCAGAAGCCCCGCAGGCAUCUUCGGCCUAUGAGAGCCUACGCCACUCUCGGGUAGUGGAGAAACAUGUGCGGCAUCACCUGCUCACGGUGUUGGGGUUGGCGCAGUCAAACAGCAGAGCGGAGAACACGUUGUUCACUGCACGACAUAGUCUAGUGGCUUGGGGUUGGGUCCUUCGGCAUCCCCUGGAUCAAAGCGCGGCGGAGUCAUUAUUGCAAGCCAUGGAUGCAAGGACAGGAUGGAAUAUGGACACGCUAAUUCAAACUUUGCGCGCGCAAUGGCAGGAGAUGGAGGGUGAAAAUUGA